AUGUUAAAAAAUCUCAUCAUUUUGCUCGCCUUUCUAUUGGCGUUCACUAGUGCCUCGUUUUUGGUAAAACAGGAAACGUACGAAACACAUGAAUCAUAUUCUUUCCUGUACUCUCUUUUCCCUGGUUCCGGGAAACCGACUAUAAGUGACUGCAGCAACGAUAACGACAUUCUUCAGAUAGAAUACAUCACAAUUAGACCCGACCCACCGAAAAAAGGCAAAUCUUUGGAUAUUGAUGCACGCGGAUACUUGACCGAAAGGGUUGAUGAGGGUAGCUAUGUGGACAUAACGGUGAAAUUGGGAUUGAUCAGGUUGUUGCAGCAACGAAUGGAUCUGUGUGAACAGGUGGAAAAAGUUGAUAAAAAAUGUCCAUUAGAAGCUGGGCCGCAGACUUUAAAAAAGACUGUGGAGUUGCCGAAAGAGAUUCCUCCGGGCAAAUAUUUUGUUGAUGCUUUUGUCUACACAAAAGAUCACCGUCGUAUUGCCUGUCUCAAAGCUCAAACUUUCUUUGGGCCUUAA